AUGUACGGUGACCUCGGAAACAAGCUGGUGCUCCAGGCCAAGCGCACCCAGAACCUCGCCCAUCUGCCCCCCUACCAGGCCGAGAUUGUCCGCGCCGUGACGCGCGAGGUCCGCGACCUCGACAAGGAUGUAGCCGAGCUCCUCGCGCCUUACCAGGGCACGUUCGACCCGGCCGAGCACCAGUCGACGGCCUGCACGCUCCUCGUCAACCACCUCUCCAUGCGCCGCAACAAGCGCUGCCUGCUCGCCUACCACCGCACACGCUCCGACAAGCUCGAGGAGCUCGUCUGGAAAGACGCCGACGUGCUCGACCUGUCGGGGCAGCAGGUGCGCGAGGGGCCCGCGGGCGGCGGCGGCGGCGGUGGCGGUCCCGGUGCCAAGGUCAGCAGCGGCGACGGGUCGACGAGCAGCCUGAGCCCGCAGGAGGAGGAGUACGUGCGGAGCUACGGCGACCUGCUGGCGGCGUACAAGGGACAGUGGACGGAUAUCGAUCUGACGGGGAGCCUUGAGCCGCCGCGGGAUCUGUUCAUCGAUGUGCGGGUGCUCAAGGACGCCGGGGAGAUUCAGACGGAAUAUGGUCAAUUCUAUGUACGACAGGGCGACGUGGAGCGACUCAUCACGCAAGGAUACCUGCAAAAGCUGGAUUGA